UCUGACACUGAUGAACGACACACAGCGAUUCGAGUGUUGAUCUGCGUUUCUUUCAAGGGAGUUCGUGUACGUUAUGAGUACGUUGUGGAAACCCUGGAUUGAAACCUUAAAAGUAGAACCGACGGAUUCGGCGAUCAUGAAGAGCCUGGACAGCAGCCUGGACAACGAUUUCGACAAGCUACCCGAGUUCAGUCCCAAGCUGUUCACCGCGGGAAAGAAUCCCCCGGUGAACUGUACAAAGUGCCAUAAUAACAAUAACAAGAGUUUCUUGUUGCUCAAUGGAUGGGGGAACCUGCAGGUCCUCAAUGCGGAUGAGUUUCUGAGGAAGUUGAACUGCGCGGAGAACGACAAAGUCAAAAUCGUGUCGAUUUUCGGGAACACGGGCGACGGGAAGAGCCACACCAUGAAUCAGGUGUUUUUCAAGGGCGAGGAGGUGUUCCAAACGUCAAACCAGCAGAACUGUUGUACGUUGGGCGUUUGGGCGGCGUUCGAUCCAAUUCUCAAUGUUAUUUGCUUGGACACGGAAGGUUUACAAGCUGUUGCGAGCUGUGAAAAUGAACGGGCAAAAUUACUGCUCAAAGUACUUGCGGUUUCCGACAUUGUGGUUUAUGGAAUCCAUUCCGAGAGGCUGAACAGGGAUCUGUUCACGUUCCUGGGUACCGCGUCGCGCGCUUACAGCCAUCACUUUAAAGCUGCCUUACAAGCGAUCGGGCAGAAAGAGGGGAUCUCUACUUCGUUGAGCACGCUCGGACCGAGUAUUAUAGUGCUGCACGAAACCAGGCACACCAUACCUUUGAUCAACAAUGGGGCGGAAAGUGCGGAAGAUAUCCUGAGGAACAGAUUUACACAGAUGAGUCUUGAAAUUGACGCUUUCAGCUCUAUUAAAUACGUCGGUUUGCAAUCGGCGAACGACACGACGGAUUAUGAGCUGUUGCGAUCCACCAUUGAGAGCGAAUUGAAUAAUACGACGGUACGCUCAGCCAGAAAACCACAUCUGGUGUACUACACGCUUAAGAGGCUGAAUGAUCAGUUGUCCAACGAAAACGGAAACAUUUCCAAUUCUCUAUUCCCAGAACAGUAUUUUACUUGUCCCGUCAAAUGUCUGUGUUGUGGUAAUGGUUGUGCCAACAGUAUGGGACACCUUCGCGAAGGAAAACCACACAGCAGUAAUACUAGGUGCAAAUUCCAAUGUCAGUACGAAAAUUUGAUAUACAUAUGCAAAAGGUGUUAUAAGAAUGGAAAAGAAAUUGAAGUAAGCAGGCGGUAUUAUGAGGAAAAUCAAAACAACUGGUAUAGUUUUGCUAAAAAUGCCUGGUCGGGAUACAUCAUAGAUUGUCCGCACUGUGGAGAAAUAUACAAGAGCAGGCAGUACUGGUACGGCAAUAAUCCCGAGGAUGUUGCCAUACGCAAAAAGAUCACGCACAUAUGGAACAUGUCGAAUCGGUCUAUAGCUUCUCAGAAUACGGCGCAACGGGUUAUCGAUAGUGUUUCGUAUAUCAGUGAAGCUGUCACCAACGUUUCUCUGCAGCCAACGAAAGCGUUGAAAGCUUGGGCCGCGGAUCAAGUGGCACCAUCCUAUUGGCGACCGAAUAACGAGAUAAAGCACUGCUAUCAGUGCAAAAUGCUAUUUAGUCUGACGGAUGACAAGCAUCAUUGCCGCGAAUGUGGGGAGGGCUUUUGCGCGCAGUGCUCGUCGAAAACGAAAUGCGUGCCCAACAGAAACUGGUACUCGCCCGUUCGGGUUUGCGACGCGUGCUACGAGAAAGAUACAAACUGCUCCAGCGAUGAUUCUCUCGAACCUGUCGAGGACGUCGGCGUACGAAAAGUAACGGAGCACGUGGUGUCGACACUGAAUGCCGUUGGAACGGUUUUCAGUUAUUCCAAAUCAUUCAUAAAAGAUACUGUACGACCAUCUUAUUGGAUACCCGACUCAGAGGUGGUUAAUUGUUACGUCUGCGAACGGAAGUUUUCCUCGAUGCUUACUUUACAUCACUGUAGAGCUUGCGGACAUGGGGUGUGUCAAGAAUGUUCGCAACACCGUAAGCCUGUACCUCACCGAGGAUGGGAUCAUCCCGUCAGAGUAUGCAACGCUUGCGUUUGAAAAUUAUUUGAAGGCGUGCGUCUUAAAGGAAACGGAACCCAAAAAUUUAUAGAGACCUCGGAAUGGAAAAGGAAAUAUUCACUUGAAACGAAAUACAUUUAUUUAUUUUACGUAAUUGCUUUUGUAAGAUAAACAGAAGUAUUGUACCGACUUAAUCGUGAGCGUAGACUGUCUUAGAUUUGUAUGGCCAAAUCGCGCACGUGACUGUAAGCUUUUUGAAAAGACUUUUUAUGUGUAAACUAGAAUUUUGACUCUUUUAAAUUCUAAAUAAAAUUUUUAAUUCAAUAUUUUUUAUUUUCAACAUUAUCUCUAUCUAAGGUAACGAUGCGAAUUAUUUUGUACGACACGCGAAAGCUUUGUGAUAAAAUAUCUGAGGGAUACAAUUUUAUUACUUACAUAUUUUUAAUAUUAAAUUAUAUAAAUAUAUCUUGCUUAUACAUAUUUCAUCAAGUGAAAACUUUUUAAGUACAUUUUUUACGAUUGGAGAUCGGGAGAUCAUAAAAAAUUUUCAAGAAUAUAGAAUUCCGUACCGAAAGUUGUUUGAAAAUCGUACUUUGUUUAACUUGGUUUUUAUAAUUAGCAAAUAAUUUUGUGACUAUAUAAAUGUACAUAAAUGUAUGAGUGUGCCAUAGUUAUGAUCAUUACUGUUUGAAAGUAACUUCCUGAAGUGUAUUAAAGACCGUACGUUACUUUUAACGUAUAAUUUUAUUCUCUCAAAGGUACAGAUUGACGUUGCGCUUAAAAAUUGUUCGGUGAAGAGUUGGUUAAAGAUUUAUGUUAACGAUAGGACAUCCCUAUAUGAUACAGCAUUGACGUUUGUACAUAUGUACAGUUCUCUGAUCUUCUCUGGUAACAAUGACCGCGCAACAGUUGUAGGAAGAAAACCGUUUACAAGAAAUGUUACUCUCAUGGCUGUGACAAUUGUUAAUACCGGCAUAUGGCAUUUGCAGAUGCAUAUUCAGAUAGGACGACGCGAUGACGCGUCUUCGACAGUGGAAACUGUUUUACUUUUUAUUUCGUUCUGUAUAUCAUAAUAAGCAGCUUCAAAUAAAGUUUCGGAUUCUCCGAGUAA